UUGCACUAGGGCAGUUCACUACGAAACGUCGGUCUGUGCGGAUGGUCAAAAAUUCGGAUCGUGUAUAAAAAUCUCGGUGCGUUAAAAUGAUUCGGUGGAAAUGGAUGUCCUUACUGGCGCUGUUAACUUCCGGUUGUUCGGGGAUGGUUCUGGGGAUGAGUGAGCCGAUAAAACGAUCCGAGUACAACCGAAUGCCGAAGAUGUUCGAGUAUGAUCAGUACGACGAUUGUUUGUUCAGUGACCCGGAAGAAGUGCAAGCGACCUUUUGUCUGGUGAGGGUGGUGAUCAAACCGGACAAUGGAUCGGAGUUGUGGCGUUUGAUCGAGAGUUUUUCCAGCAAUCGGAAGUUGCAUUUCAAUCAUGCCCUUCUGGAUCGGGGCAUUUGUAUUGGUGAUGUGGAGGAAAUGAAGAAGCGGCUUGGUGGAGAAAAUGCAAGUGAUUUGGUGGUGCCGAAAUUUGAAAUAGAUUUCCCGCACAAAAUCCAACACGAUCCCUUCAGAAAUGCAGACGCUUACAGGGACAACUUUUCAGAAAUUGUCAGCAUCAUCAUCAACAAAGAUCUUUCCGAAAAGCAUAAGCUUAAGGCAUACACGGAAAUCGAAUAUUGUGAUCGAACAGGAGUCGACGAAUUUCCCAUUGAUCACCUGGACAUCGCAUUCCUCGUCAUCCUUUUUGUUCUGCUCCUACUCAUGUUCCUCUCCAGCUGUUACGACUAUCGCAGCAAGGUUGGCUUCGGGCUCAAUCAUUACCGUGAGAACUUACCGACUCGAAAAGCCAUGCUGCUGGUGUCGUUUUCGUUCCUUCGAAACUGGUACCGGUUGACAUCUCGCUCUAAGGAACCAAUCUACCGGGAUCUUCGACCGAUGCAAUCGGUUCGGUACUUUAGCUUUACCCUGAUGUUGAUUGGCCAUGCUAGCCUUCUGGUGCUGCCGCGGACCGCGUGGGUCAUGGAACAGAAGUAUCGUGAGUUGGAGACGAUGAUUAUUGUGAAUGGAUUCCAGAUCAUAUCGACAUUUAUCGUGCUGGGCGGAUUCGUAUUCACAGUGAUGUUCGUACAGAAGAUGCAGGAAACGGGCCGGAAGCCAGGCUGGGUGGAGAUUGUGGUGAUCACCGUGAACCGAUAUAUUCGGCUUACUCCAGUAUACGGUUUGCUGCUGCUAUUCGAAGCCACGUGGUACAUACGGCUGCACGAUGGUCCAUUCUGGCGAAGAGGUGCCGAAACGGAGCUCACCUUCUGUCGACGCAAUUGGUGGAUUAAUUUGCUGUACUUCAACAACUACUACAAACAGGAAGAACCCUGCAUGCAGCAUUCCUGGUACUUGGCCUGUGACUUUCAGCUAUCGAUCGUUGGACUGAUUCUUGUGACAGCUAUUUUGCGGUUUCCGAAAAUCAAGGUGUUCCUUCUGGCGGUGGUGACCAGCAUUUCGGUGGCAAUUCCAGCAUUGGUAGUGUACAAAAAUGCUUUCGAAGGCGUAUCAAUCUUCUCACCGGAAGCAAGACGCUUCAACUUCUGGUAUGACGAAGGUUACAAGAAAACCUAUCUACCAACUCACAUGUAUCUCGUGCAUUACCUAUUCGGCAUCAUCAGCGGGUUCCUGUAUUUUAAGCUGAAAAACAGCAACUGUAAUCUAGCAUCGCUGAAGAUUUACCGCAUCGUAUGGUAUUCACUGUACCUGCUCGGGCCCGCUCAGUUCUUCCUGGGUCAAAUCUUCUACAUGAACGAUUUCCCCAAGCCAUCGGUCUGGAUGUCGAUCUACUUUGCUGGGGCUCGCGUAGUUUGGGCCCUCAUCAUCGUCUUGGGAAUGUUGGGCUUCCUGUACCGAGUCAGCAAGCCCAUCACCCGGUUCACCAAUAUCCGGAUCUUCGAAGUUUUGGGACGACUAACGUACGGAGCGUACGUCGGUCACUUCUUCAUCAUCAAAAUUAUGUUCUACAAUGUGCGGGAGCUUUCGAAUCUAAACAUUUUCAACAUUGUCACCAAAAUUCACGGAACUCUGUAUUUGUCGUAUUUGCUGUCGUUGACCUUGGCCUUGCUGGUGGAGUUGCCCGUCUCAGCAAUUCAGAAGCAAAUUUUGGAAGGAGUACUGAAAUCGAAACGGCGAGAUCAGAGCAAGACUGAGGAAGCAUCCAACGGAACGAAAGACGUCUUUAACGGUGCAUUCACAAACGAUGCGUUCAAACGAACUUUCCGAGGAAGCGUUGAAUAGAUUUUAAUCUGGCGACAAUUGAAUUUGA